UGUUUCAGUGUCUGUCACAGUCAGGCAGUCUUUGCUACACAGAGCAGCUACAGAGGCAGGAUCAGAGGAGAACACUUUCAUCAUGGUUAAAUUAGACCUGAAGACCCUGACUGUGCCUAUUGGCAUCGUGCGGAUCCUUGAGGUCAUCGUGACUUGCAUCACCUUUAGCUUGGUAGCCUCAGUGGGGACCACCACUGCGUCCUUCUGGGUCUGGUGCAUGUUCAGCUGGUGCUUCUGUUUCACCUUCACAUUCCUCAUACUCAUCCUGGAACUCUUUGGCCUCAACACAAAGAUACCCAUUUCCUGGAGUGACUUCACGGCAGCCUUUUCCAUGUUGGCUACUCUGAUGGUUUUCACAGCAUCCAUUAUCUUCUCCGUGUUCUUCGCUGAUUCUGGUUUGGACAGAUUCAUCGGCGCCAGUGCGACCUCCUUUCUGGCUUUCAUCCUGUAUGCCGUUGAAGUUGGAUUGAUUCGGUUCAAAUCGGAAGAGAUCAGUGGAUUUCUCUCCACAAUUCCAGGUCUUCUAAAAGUCAUUGAGGCCUUCGCCGCAUGCAUCAUCUUCAUCUGCUUGGACUACAGUCCCUACUCAUAUUUUCCAGGACUGCAGUGGUGUGUGGCCGUUUACUCCAUCUGCUUUAUCUUUGCCAUUAUCGUCAUCAUCGCAACUAUCGGCAAACUGCUGACCCGCUUUCCAGCACCUUUUAAUAAAGUGCUGAUCGUCUGUAAUGUGCUGGCAGUUCUGAUGUACAUGACAGCUGUGGUCAUCUGGCCAGUGUACAGCUUCAGGAACAACUACGGCUCAAGUUGCUCCCAUUUACCCUACUGUCCAUGGAACAUGUUAGUUGUUAUCAGUUUCAUGACAUGUUUGAACCUCGUUGCCUACAUUGUGGACACAGUUUACUCUUUUCGAUUGCAGUUCGUCACUCAAACAUAGACGUAUAUUUUUUUUAAUUCCUACUUCCUUUUUUUUAAGCUCUUUUUUUUGCUUUUUUACUGAUUAGAGUCCUCAAAGUAUACAGCAUUUUUCCAAAUUUACCUAUUCAAGUUCUGCACUAGAGACUUGGACACUUUAAUAUUUGAUGUCCAACAUUUCUGAAGUCUUCAUUUCUGUUUUUAAUGGCAACAAUAUAUACCAAUGCCCUUUUUUUUCAUUGAUAAACUGCUGCUUCAUUCAAACCAAAGACCUGAAAGUGUCAAAAACACCAAAAAUAAAGCAGAAAGUUCCAGGAAAUUGAACACCAACAAUUUCUUCUAAAACCAGACAGGAAAGACGUUCUCACACAGAAUCCAAUGAGGGUUGGACAGAAAAAAAA